CCUUUCUUUUUCUUUCUCACAGCAAACGGAAAUUGGAAAACGAAAAGGGAAAACGAAAACGAUGAUGGCUUCUCGAUCUUCGGUUCAGAUCCGGUCCGUUUGGGCCGAUAACCUGGAAACCGAAUUCGAACUGAUCCGGUCCACGGUGGACCGGUUCCCCUACGCCGCCAUGGACACAGAGUUCCCCGGCGUGAUCCACCGGUCGCGACGCCACCCGAACCUCCUCUCUCCCGGCGAUCGCUACACCCUCCUCAAAUCUAACGUUGAUUCCCUAAACCUAAUCCAAAUCGGGCUCACGCUCUCCAACGCCAACGGGGAGCUCCCAGAUCUGGGCACCGACGAUGGCGCUCGCUUCAUCUGGGAGUUCAAUUUCAACGAUUUCGAUCCCCUCCGGGACCGCCACGCGCCGGAAUCCAUCGAUCUAUUGAGAUCCAACGGGAUCGAUUUUGAGAUGAAUCGAGAAAAGGGGAUCUCAUCAGUGAGGUUCGCGGAGCUGAUGGCCUCGUCGGGGUUGAUCUGCAACGACUCGGCGGUGGCGUGGGUGACGUUCCACAGCGCGUAUGAUUUUGGGUACCUGAUCAAAGUGUUGACGGGGCGGACGUUGCCGAAGGGGUUGCCGGAAUUCAUGGCGCUGGUGAGGGUGUUCUUCGGCGAGAGAGUGUUUGAUGUGAAGCACAUGAUGAGGUAUUGCGAGGGUUUGUAUGGGGGUUUGGAGAGGAUGGCGAAGGAGUUGAAGGUGGAGAGGGUGGUGGGGAAGUGUCAUCAGGCCGGAUCUGAUAGCUUGCUCACAUGGCAUGCCUUCUUGAAGAUCAAGGAUCGCUUCUUCUCCGACGAUGUCGGCGCCGACCAUCACCGCCAUCAUGCCGGUGUUCUCUAUGGCCUUGAGCUCCAAGUCUAUUAGCUAGCUUCUAAGGAUUAGCAAAUCCAGAUAUUUAGUCAAUCAAUUGUUUAUUAUUUUAAUUAUUUUAAUUUUAAUUUUUUAUAUAUUAUCAA